UUUUCGUUCGCGAAGAAAAAAAUUUAGCUCUUUGUUUGGGAAGCAAAAUUUGUUUAAAAUUCAGAAAAAUUCAUUAAUAAACAUAAACCAGACAAGUGCUAGUGUUUUAAAUACUAAGGAGUACUAAUCCAAAAUGCAUAUUACUAAGAAAUUAUUAAGUGGAAAGCAAAAGUUUACAAGCACAAAGGAAAAUCUCCCAAAAGUCAUUAAAAAAGAAUGAGUGUAUGGCAAAAGAAGAAAGAAAUAUAUAUGCAAAAAGUGUUGAAGUGAAAUCCAAGCGAUAAAAAAAUACAAGAGUGUAGUGAAACUAAACUAGAAAUAAGUUUGCAAAUACUAAAAAAGUGCAAAAAAGUGUCGGAAAUAUGUAGUGGAAAUAUUGUUGGUGGAGUUUUAUAGCUAACAAAACGGUUGAAAGAGGAUUAUUUACUACAGACACAAGUUGAAGAAAGAGGAAUAAACAAAGACCAAAGACAUGGAAUCAUGAUAAUUAUGGAUUACAGUGUGUUUAAAACCAUUUAAUGCCCAGGAAUCAUUUACACGUUUAACGGCAUUCCAACAAUUACCCCAUCAUUGCCCCAGCCAUCGCAGAUGUCAUCUGUUGUUCAUCCUGCCUUCGGCAACCCCAAAGGGCGUCGCUAAAUAACUGACCGACAAGCAGCAGUUAUACAUCGCCACUGUCUUCUUUAUCGUUGUCGGCCUUUUUGCAGUCGCCAUCAUCGUAGCCCUCAUCAUUAUUGCCAACGACAUCAUUAUCAUUACUCGACACAUUUUUCCUCUCUUCCGGAAUUGAUUUUCUUUAAUCGUAAUCGUCAGCAAUCUUCCUGUGCUUGACUGCCGGAAAAAUAGAGGCAUAAUCAGUUGGCGUUGACUCCAUUCGCAUUGCCGUUGGCUGUGCUUGUGUUCACGGACAUUGAUUUGGGAAGCGAAUAAGCAAACCAUUCGUUGAACUUCCUUCUUGUUUUUUGGAUUCCAUGCUGAAUAUAAAGAAGGUCCAUUAAAUAAGCAUCAGUAUCAACGUAUCGCAUCAUUUUGUAUUUCUUUUUACUCCUUUUUUAUAUGAAAAUUGUUGAUUGCAUUGACAUAAAUUUCAUUUCAACGGGGGCAAUAAAAAGGCUUAACACUGGACCGUAAACGUGUUUUUGAAGGGUAAUGGCGGCCUCCACUCAAGGAGAAAUUCGAGUGGGUCCCGGCCACCAGGUAAACGAUGUCUAUGCAAAACUGCCCGAUUAUAAUCCAAUUUCAAGCUUCCCAGUUGAUAAGGAAAACGACGAAAGAGAACUAGAAAUUCCAAGAUGGAGUCCAGGUGCUAUGGCAGAUGGAGAUCUUCUAAUGUUCUUGCGUGCAGCUCGUUCAAUGGCUGCAUUUCAAGGUAAAUAUCCACCGGAAGAAAUACUAAAAAGAAUGUGUGAUGGAGGAUUAGAGGAAGGCAUUGUUGCAGCUACACGUGACGACACAACAAUUAAUGCACAUGACGUUUUACACGAUAAUGGUUAUGAUCCUGGUAAAGCACUUCAAGCACUUGUAAAAGCCCCAUUAACAAAAAGCAUCGAAAAGAAGUGGUGCGAAGACGAAAUUAAGAAAUUCAUUAAAGGUCUCAGACAAUUUGGAAAGAAUUUUUUUAGAAUCCAAAAGGAUUUAUUGCCUCACAAAGAGACGCCGGAAUUAGUCGAGUUCUACUAUUUGUGGAAGAAGACACCGAGCGCAAACAGCAAUCGCCCGCAUCGUAGACGACGCCAAAGUGCUUUGCGUCGCAAUCGUGUUACACGGGCAAGUAAUACGCCUCCGAAGAAGGAGGACACACCCGAACCGCAAUCUGCUACGUCUGCCUCGACAACGACGACAACGACGGCGACGACGACGGCGUCGACGGCGACCUCAGACAAGGGUCGCGCUUCGCCAGUUGUCACUAAGGAGGAGACGAGUUCUCUGACUGAAGACGACGUGAGCGAGUGCGACAGUGAUUCUAGUUUGACCCAUAAAAGGGAUGAGUCACCGUCUAGAAUGAGGACGAGAAAUAAGCAACAAACAGCACCGGGCACUGCGGCGAAGUGUGAUCAGACGCAGGUCACACAGCCGCAACCAACAGCUAAUGGAAAACGGCCGAAACGUGGAUCCGAUACGCCUGACAAUGUUGCGGCAAGUGCUGCUGCAGCGGCUGUAGGAGGAGGAUCGGUCGAUAGUCCCAAAACACCAACAAAACCGGCAUCGGAGGGUGCGGCGGCGGCAAACAAACGGAAGACCGGCCGACAAGAAACACCCAAUAAAAAGAAACGUAACGAUACGGAGGGCUCCGUCACUGGUGGUUCCAACACUGACAACCAGGAUGAGUCAACCGAUAAUAUCACGACUGCUCCUGUUGCCGUUUCUAUAUCAAAAGACAAACGAAAGCGGGCCGAGAGUCCAGUCGAGAGCACAAAUUCGGAUAGUCGAUCUGAUUCGGCCAUGGACGAUGGUGAAUCGACCAAUACCGACUCAGCCGAGCAGCAAUCGAAGGACAGCAAAGAGAGCACUUCGAGUAAAGAGGAGAGCAGUAGUGGAAAUAGUGAACUUGAUUCGGCCAAGAGUGAUAAGAAUGUGAUCCAGAAAACCGAAGCAAAGAUUUCCGAAAUCGACAUUAAGGAUAAAAUCAAAAAUGUUGACGAAGAAACGAACAUACAAGCACCAUCCUCAAUGCCGCAAAACACUGCGAUGGUCAUCACCGAUAACAGUCUCAAAGACAUUAAAGCAUCCAAAGAAGAUCCCCUCGCUAUUCCACCUACGAAGCCAAUUGCCAUUGUUAACCCGCCACCGCCACCAAUUCCACCGCUGAAAGUACCCACUGUUGAGGCGCUCAAUGCAUCUGUCGACCGAAAGGAAGUUGGCAAAUUGGACAUGAUGGACACCGACAUGCCAAAGGAUAUGUUAAAGAAACUUGCCAAUAUGAAGCAGGAAAUCUCAACACCUCCACAGACGCAACCGCCACCGCCACCAGCACAAACGAUAAUGCCCGAAGUUGUUUACUUCAAGAAAGAACCAAAGGACGCUGUUAUUGACGCUGUUUGCAAUCAGAAUAGUAACGAGCCUCAAGAUCUCAAAGUGAAAAUUGAGGUAAAAAGUGAAGACAUUAAGCCUCCUCUACUAGGAGGUCUGCCACCUUCGUCACAGGGACAAGCUCCAAUGUCUUUGACUACGAAACGAAUGGAUGGAUCAGAUGUAGCACAACAUCAGCCACCACCACCACCACCCAGUCAUUUGGCACAUUCUCUUGUUGCUGGACCUCCGCCCGGUUAUAUCGUUGAAGGGGGUCAUCUCAAGUUUGCUGCACCUCCACCUCAAGCUAAUCAACCGCCGCCAUCUUCAUCCCUGCCCAGUGACAACAAUUCAAUGCCUCCCGCUGCUGGACCACCAACAUCGGUACCUCAUCCGCAACAACCAAAAUAUCCUGCUGAUGUAGAGCACAAGUUUCCAGACAGUAUUAAAUACGAGCCUGGAAAAUUUGUACCUCAGGAUCUCAAGUAUCCUCCGCAAGCAAUGGAUUCUAUUAAAUAUAGUCAAGAGAUGCAGGCAGCUGCAGCAGCAGCGGCAGCUGCUGGAAAAUUCGAUAUGAAAUUUAUGAUUGAUCAGCACACUGGGAAAUUUCCAGGUGAUUUGUCCUCACCACAUGGCCCCCCAUCUGCGGGUAAGACCUAUAGUGGCAGCAACGAUGGCCCAGGGAAAGUGCAAGAGCUUAAAAGUGGCUAUCCUCCCCCUAAUCUAGGCCCACCUCCAGUGAGUAGUGCUUCUACACCCAACGAUAAUCCUCCAACACAUAAAUUUAUGGGAGGUCCCCAAGAGCCUUCGCCUCCAACGCAUGGUCAGCCGCCAGGGGCAACACCGCCACCGGGUAUAGCUAUGCCAAAGCCACAUUACGAACAUCAGGUGCAGCAUCCCAUGGCACGACCACCAUUUGAAUCAGCAGCUGGCCUCAUGAUGAAAUAUGGUGAUCCAAUGGUAGGAAAGUAUGGUCCUCAAGACCUUAAAUUUCCGCCACUUCAAGGCCCGCCCACAGACAUGAGCACAGGUGGCAUGAAACCAUCUCCAUAUGGAGAAAAUCUCGUGAAGCCAUUACCGUAUAGCGGACCACUUGAGGUGGGACUGAAAUAUCCUCCUUCGGAGAGCCCUAUAGACGCAUCUGCGCGCUCCACUCCUGGACAGGAUAGUCAAAGCAGUAAUAGCAGUUCUUUGCCUUCCAACCAGCAACAGUUUCAGUCGCCUCAUCCCUCACCACAUAUGCCGUCGCCAGCUGGUGGCGGUCUUCCGCCUGGAAUGCAUCCGCAAAAUUUAAUCUCUCCACAUAGUGGUCCUCUGUCUAUACAGGCGUCUCACCAAAGUCAGGUGCCUAGUGGUGCUCCGCCAGGAUCAACGCCAAGUGGACCAGCUCCACAAGGGUUAAUUCACCAUCCGACUCCUACAUCUGUGUCUAGCGGGAACGGUCCUCAAGGUUUGCAUCAUCCCAGUCAUCUUCCUCCCUCUUCUGGCCCUCCGACAUCGGCCAGUGGAGGGCCUACGCAUAGUAUAUCAUCCAUUGCUCCCUCUGCAAUGCACCCUCAACAUUUACCGCCCGGACAUUUGCCACAACUACACAGGCCGCAUGCAGAACUACCGCCUGGUGCUGGAGGAAUGCAUCCGCACGCACCUAUACCGCUGUCUUUGCAAAACCAUGAUCCUCGAAAUGGACCGCCAUUGUCAUUAUCAAGCCAUGGCUUGGGUCCCCAUAGUCAGCCGCAGCAACAAAUUUCGUCGGGCACUGUACGAACUCCAUCACCAGCACAACCUCCUCAGAGAUUAGGGCUGCACGAAGAGAGAGCCGGGGCGUCAACUGCUCCCUCCUCACAAGCACGCGACCCACCAACGUCGCAGGCAUCGUCGGGUCCGCCACAGCAAUCUCCACACACACAUCGUACAUCGCCACUGCCGGGACUGUCUAGCAAUGUGCCACCUGGGCUUAUUGGUCAUCCGAUGCCAAUUCACCCUCAUUUGGCGCAUUUGCCGCCAGGUCAUCCGGCACAUGCUGGCCAUCACAUGCUUCCACAUUCUCUUGCUGGCUUAGGACCGGGUGCGGGUCCAUUAGCAUUGUUGGCUGGACCACCAUCACUUAAUAGUUUGCCUGAGUCAGGUCUUAGUCGUAGAACACCACCAUCUUCACAUAUGCCGUCGUCGCAACAACCACCAAUUUCCUCUGCAAGUGGUCCAUUGCCUCCGCAUGGUUCAAAUCCUCCCGUCUCAGCAACUACCUCUAUGUCGACUACCAACACGGUUCCUUCGUCGGCGUUUAGUCGAGCCAGUCCAAGUGUGUCCAGCAACUCGGGUCCUGGCGGUCCGAGUUCACUUAGUGGCCCUCCACAUAACAGCGGAAGUAAUUCGGGAACCCCCAGCGGGUUGAACUCAUCUGCCGGUGGCGCACAUCGUUCUUCUUCGCCGGCGUCUAGUGUGGGCAGUCUCAGCCGACAGAGCCCAUUGCACCCUGUGCCGCAAUCACCACUUAGCCAUCAUCCGUCGUCAUCUGCACUUUCAGCAGCAGCAGCAGCGGUGGCAGAACGUGAUAGGCACGCAUUGCUGAGACAGCAGUCGCCACACAUGACCCCACCGCCUGUGUCGAGUGCUUCCGCUCUAAUGGCGAGUCCUCUUAGUAAAAUGUAUGGGCCACAAUCCGGACAGCGAGGCCUAGGGGCAUCACCGCCGCCUCAUCUGCGACCUGGUGCAUCUCCGCCUGUGAUACGCCAUCCACAAAUGCCACUGCCGUUGCCACUUAUACCUGCUGGAGCUGGAAUGCCACCAAUCGGUGUUCAUCCGGGGCAAUCACCAUACCCACACCCGCUUUUACAUCCAUCUAUGUUUUACUCACCACAUCAUCACAGCCCGUUCAACUCGCCUUAUGGUUACGGCCCGUAUGGACCGGGUUUCCCUGCGUACAUUAAGCCUCCCGGAGCUGGUGGAUCUCUGGAGCAAGCGGUAAUGGCAGCUGCUCAUCAUCCAGGCUUACAAGGUCCACCUCCAACUCGGCCGGAUGAUCCGGCCUUAGCGGCAGCAGUUGAGAAACAAAAACAACAGCAAUUGCAACAUCAGCAUAUGCAGCAACAGCAUCUUCAGCAGCAACAUCAACAUCAACAACAGCAACAGCAGCAACACCAACAACAACAACAACAACAGCAGCAGCAGCAACAACAACAACAACAGCAGCAGCAGCAGCACCACCAACAGCAACAACAACAGCAGCAACAACAGCAACAACAGCAACAGCAACAUCAGCAGCAGCAACAACAACAGCAGCAAAACAAACCGCCAACACCAAAGACGCAACAGGGGAGCAAUAACGGCAGCGGCAACAAUGGCCCACCCAACCAAGGCCAGCCACCCGCGCCUACUGCUCUACCACCUGCAGGGUAUCCAGGUUCUCAUAUUCCCGGUUAUCCACCCCCGCCACAUGUAUCUCCCUUUCAAGAAGUUGGCAAACCACCACAUAUGCUGCAGCCCACAUCGCACAUGGAUGCUCUACGAGCUCAUGCUCAUUCGGCUAGUUCUGGCUUAGUUGGGCCACCGCAACCACAUCAUCAUCCCACAGAGCCCCUACCCAUUGAGAUUGAGCCCGAUCCAGAGCCAGAGAUACCUAGUCCAACACACAAUAUACCACGUGGUCCUAGUCCUGAAGCCAAACCAGAUGACACCGAAUGUCAUCGGUCCCAAUCCGCUAUAUUUGUUCGCCAUAUUGAUCGCGGUGAUUAUAACUCUUGUACAAGAACUGAUUUAAUAUUUAAGCCAGUAGCCGAUUCAAAAUUGGCCCGUAAACGCGAAGAUCGUGAUCGCAAGUUGGCCGAAAAAGAAAGAGAAAGACGGCAGCAGCAACAAAUGCAGCAACAACAACAACAGCAGCAAGCUGUUGCUGCCCAACAAGCAGCGCAACAGGCGAAACUAAAAGCUGAGCUUAAACCCCCGUAUACCGACACACCAGCCCUGCGACAACUAUCCGAAUAUGCACGACCACACGUUGGUUUCAGCCCUGUUGAACAGAUGGUACCCUAUCAUCAUCCAAUGGGGCCCAUGUAUAGUAGAGAAAGAGAAUUGGAAGAGCUUAAAAACGCACAAGCCGCUGCUGCUGCAGGUCAAUCGCGUUUGGAUCCACAUUGGAUGGAGUAUUACAGGCGUGGUAUUCAUCCCUCACAGUUUCCUUUAUAUCCUAAUCCAGCGGCAAUAUCACAAAUGGAAAGAGAGCGUUUGGGUAUACCACCCCAUCAUGUUGCCCUUGAUCCCAGUGAACACAUGAAAUCAAUUGCGUUGAACAAUUACAUACUAAGCAGUCUAAUGUAUUAUGGUGGUUACAUACCUUAUGGCGGAUUUCAUCAUCAUCAUCAUCAUCAUCGUGGAGGCGGUGACUUUCAGUGAUCAAUGCAAAAGGGAGGGAGGAGGCAAGCCGAAAACCAACAGCACAGCAAUCGUAUCAAUCGAAAUCAAACCCCCAGCUGCCACCUUGCUAUACUGGAUUUCUUGAAGCCGUUGCUGUUUAUGAAAUAAUCGAAGGUUUCAGUUUUUAUGCUACUUGGGUUGGCUGUUAGUCGAGCAAUUUACAUGCCUAUAACGAGUAUUAGGUUUAAUCCAAAUUUCGAUUAUAUCAUCAUUUCAUGCUGCCAAUGGCAAUUUAACAUUUUGAACUUUUCCCACAUUCAUUUUUGGGAGCUGAUGUUGAAAAUUAUCUUGAGCUCUUUGAAUAUUUGUUUGUUUUAUUAUUUUAUUUUUUAAAAUAUUAUUUUUAAUUCUAUUUUAAAAAUGUUGAAUACUAACGAAAACUAGGUCAAAUACUGCACACCCCCACUCUAUACAUAUUUCUAUAUAAGAAAAACAAAACAAAAACAAAAGCAAAGAUAAAUGAUUAGUGACAACGUUUUUUAAGAAUAAGAUAAUAUUACUUGGCUGGCACUUGUCUUAAUUCGUAACAAGAAACACAGAUGAAAACUCAAAUAUAUAUCUUCUUAGUUAUACAAAUAAGAACAAACACACACACAUACACACACACACAUGAAUAGGAAACAAAAAUACAACGCUACUUAUAGGAAUUCUCAAAAAAAGAGCUAAAUGUAACAAAAUGACGUCGUACGUAUUAACUACAAAAAAACAAAAAAAAAAAAAAAAAGAAACAAAAAAAAAAAGAGUGUUAUAUGCAACAAACUACUAAAAAAGGUAAAAUUAAAUAAAAAAAAAAUACUUAAUUAUCUACAGUAUAGGAUAACAAAAAGAUAAUAACAAAUGCUUGUACAUAAUAGCAUUUGUGACAACAACAUUUGUUCAUUAAUCAACCACAAUAGAGAAUAAUAAAAACAAACAAACAAACAACAAAUCAACAAAAGGCAAUUCUUUAGGCAUUUAUUUGCCUGUUGUCAUCAGAGAAAGUAGAGACCCCACCAUCAUACCCUUUUCCCUUGUAUAAAGAAAUGUUUCUAUUUUACAUAGCUAUAAAUACAUACAUAUUUAGUCACACAAAUGUUAAAAUGUAAGUGUAUUUUUUUUAUAGAUUAUUUUAUAGCUUUAUUAUUAUUUUUUUUUCUCUUUUUUAUUUUGACAAUUGUUGUUUAUUAGUUUCGAUCUUUCGCUGCACAAAAAACAAAAAAUGAAAAA